AUGUUUCACGACGGGGAUCUUCAGAGCGGAAUUGCUUUGGCGCUUCAACAGUCCAAAGCUGUCCUGUGUUUCGUCCAGGAUGAUUCCGACACCAGCAGGCAGUGGGAAGAAGUCUUGAAGGACUCGGUGAUAUCAGCCGUCGUCACCGCUCAAGCUGUCGCGCUACGACUACAAGCCGGAUCUCAAGAAGCCAGUUUCCUGUCACCCAUAUGCCCUCUCAACAGCGUGCCAGCAAUCGUUGUUAUCAAAAAUGCGCAAUUACAAGCAAACCUCCAAUCUGGCGAGAUAUCUGUCGAAGAGUUGAAGGGUCGACUGGCUGCCGCCUUUGGAGUCCAAGAUGCCGGAACACAUGCCGCUGGAGAUUCUGGGCAUGAUGAACCCCAGCAGAGCGGCGAACAGCCUCUGUCCGAAUAUCUCGACCUUCCACCGACGGGUCGGGGCCAAAUGAGGCUGCCGGACAAUGCAUACGACGCCCUUCGGAACCAUACCCAGAAACUGGUGGACGACGGCAUGUCCCCAAGUGAAAUCUACCAAACUCAGUUGAGACUGCUGAACAAUAUCCCCAUCUUCCACGAGGAAGUACAGCGUCUGAGGGGACAACAGCGUCCCGAAGUAUCAGACUACCUCCGGACCAGACUUCUUCGACUUCCAGCCGUUGGACUUCGCAUCCCAGGCCAGACUGUGCCUGCUGGACAACCUACAGAUUCUUCUUCUUCUGCUGCUGCCAUUCCACCUUCGCAGCAACAACAACAACGCUCGACGACGCCUGCAGCUCUAGCACCUAGGAUACCAUCCGUAAGAACUAACCGGAUAUCUCCAGCUCCGCAAAGCAGCACCUCUUCGCCGGCUCCCAGCCAAGUCGAGACAGACAAGCAGAAAACCCAACGAGCAGAAUACAUCAGGAUGCAGCGCGAGCGAGAACAGAAGCAACGCGACGAGCGCGAACGCAUCAAAGCCCAGAUCAAAGCGGACCGCGAAGAACGACGACGAUUAGACCAGAUGCGCAAGCGCGGCGGCAAUCUAGAGCAGACCGGCUCCUCCUCUUCUACAACACCAGCUUCAUCAUCCGCGCCAACCACCUCGAAACCAAGGUUCACCGAAGUGAGAGUCCAAGUCCGCACCUUCGACGGCAGCACGCUUCGCUCCACCUUCCAGCCCUCUUCGACCCUCUCGGCCGACGUCCGGCCCUGGAUCGACUCAACUGCCAAUACGACUGUGCCCUACGAUCUCAAACUGAUCCUGACGCCGCUGCCCAACCGCAACAUCGAAGCCGGCGAGGAAGAGAUGGCCCUUUCCGACCUCGGCAUCGUGGGCAGUUGCACGCUAGUCAUGGUCCCGGUGAAGGGAUAUGUCGAAUCGUACACGGGCUCGAUGCCGGGAGGCUUACUCGGCGCCGCAGUCAGCGGUGGAUAUAGUCUCGUUAGUGGGACGGCCGGGAUGGUUUUGGGUGGAGUGAAGAGUCUCCUGGGUUAUAACAAUACUACUGCUGCUGCUGCUGCUGCUGCUGGACAAGACCACACGUCUACGGCGGGUACUGCUUCCAGAGAUGAUUCAGCAUCCGGAUCAUCGGCGAUGAGGAAUGCUCGAGUCCGCACUCUGGCUGACCAGCGCGCAGAGAAUGCCGGUCGCGAACAGCAGUUCUAUAAUGGCAACCAGCUGAACUUUGAGCCGAAGAAGGACGAUACGGAUAAGAGGGACUAG